GUUUCCAAGAAGUCGACAUCCCAUCGAACAUGAUGGUUCGCCUUGCCACUUUGUGCGCGGUGGUCGCGUCGGCCGUUGCGUUGGACUUUAAGCUGUACGGCCUCAACUACAACUCUCGCCAAGGGCCUGACUGGGAUCCCAACAAGUGCAAAUCACAAGCGCAGGUCGACGCGGACAUGGUCAAGAUCGCCGCCGUGGCUGAUCGCGUGCGUAUCUUUAGUCUCGUGGACUGCAACCAAGGCGAGAUAGUGCUGACCGCGGCGAAGAAGGCUAAAUUGAAGGUGUGGUUGGGUAUGUGGGUGACCAAGAACGCGACGAGCGUCGAGAACGAACAACUGGCGAUGGAAAAGCUCAUUGCCAAGAACUUGAUUGACGAGUCUGUGUUGGGGUUGCAUGUGGGCAGCGAGAACAUCUACCGUAAGGAUCUCACAGCAACCCAAGCCAUUGCAUACUUGAAACAGAUCAAAACGUUCCUCGACGGCAAACAGAUCACGAUUCCAGUGACGAUUGCCGACAUUGCGGAUGUGAUUGCCCAGUACCCCGAAUUGAUCGACGCGGUGGACGUCAUCCAAGCCAACUCGUUUCCAUUUUGGGAACCCGCGGCGAUUGAGACGUCCAUGGUGAACUUCCGCUUCAAGCUGGACUUGCUGAUCGCCGCCGCCAAGGGCAAGGAGAUUCAAAUCGGCGAGACGGGAUGGGCCUCCAAUGGCAUCAACAAGAACGCGUCGGUUGUGAGCCCAGAAAACCAAGCGAGAUACUUGGUGGAUCUUGUCAACUUUGCUAAUGCCCGCAAGUUAAAGUACUAUUACUUUGCCGCGUUCGACGACGCGUGGAAAGCAAAGCAAGACGACAACGUGGACUCUGUGGAAGCCCAUUUUGGGAUUUACGACAGCAAGGGCGUACUCAAACCGCAAUUUGUCAACCUCAAACUCGCGCCCAGUUCUGUCGACGCAGACAAGACCAACGUUACGAUGACCCCUCCCAAGCCAGGGGCCACAGCUCUCACCACGGCACCCCAGACCGCGGACGCCAGUGGUUCCACACCACUCUCGAUGACUUCUGCGGUGCUCGCUGUGAUGGCCACCGUAGCGCUAUUGAUUGUUUAAACCUUUUGGUACUGUCAAUAAAAAACAUUAUUGCACAUGAA